AGGUGGCAAGCUAUAGAUUAUGCUCGGUUGAAUCACAGUACAAUUUCUUUCUUCAAUUACUUGAAGCCGGAAACAGCAGUUUCACGGUGGAAUCGCGUAGGCUUGAAUGCUUCCAAGGUUGGUAAAGGCCUGUCAAAAGAUGCGGAAGCCCAGCUAUUAGCUUUUCAACACUGGAUUGAGGCGAUUGAUCCACGCCAUCGGUAUGGGCAUAACCUGCAUAUCUAUUAUGAAGAAUGGUGUAAAACUGAUGCUGGUCAGCCCUUCUUCUUUUGGUUGGAUCUUGGAGAUGGCAGAAAGGUUGAUCUCAAAGAAUGUCCAAGAUCUAAGCUUCAGAAACAAUGCAUCAAGUAUCUUGGACCUCAAGAGAGACAAUUUUAUGAGUACAUAAUUUCUGGAGGGCAAAUAGUGCAUAAGCUAACCAGAAAUCUUCUCGACACAACUAAAGGGCCACCAGGGACAAAAUGGAUCUUUGUGAUGAGCACCUCAAAACGACUCUAUGCUGGUGAGAAAAAGAAAGGAAUGUUUCAUCAUUCCAGCUUUCUGGCUGGUGGGGCUGCUUUAGCUGCUGGACGACUAGUGGUAGAGGAUGGGACUGUGAAGUCUAUUUCACCUUACAGUGGACAUUAUCGCCCAUCGGAUGAUAGCCUUGACACUUUUUUAUCAAUUCUCAAGGAAAAUGGAGUCAACGUGGAUGAAGUUAAGAUAAAAAAGGGAAAUGAAGACCCCGAAGAUGUAAAAUCUGUCGAAAAAUAUAAAUUUAAACUUUCAAAUCUAUCAAUCUCUCCUCCUCAAGCAGUAAACGAAGAGGAGAAAGACCAUUUCACAGAAUCAAACGGAGCACUACAAGCUGAAAGUAGAACAACUAGCUACAAGAGAACCCUCUCAGGCGGCCUUCAGAGUCCAAGAAGAGAAGUACCACAGACCGCUAUACUGGAAAGGAUCAAUUCCAAGAAGUCUACAAGAUCAUAUCAACUCGGUCAUCAACUCUCUCGGGUGUGGUCAACAGGUGCCGGUCCAAGAAUUGGCUGCAUUGCCGAUUACCCUGCUGAACUAAGAUGGCAAGCCUUGGAAUUGACUAACAUUUCACCUAGACCUUCCGCAUCAUCAACUCCUAAGCCUUUCGACGCUCUUUGUUCACCUACUUGUUCUUCACCGGUUUUUGGCAAUGUACUCGUGAAGUCUUCUUGAACCCGAAUCCUUUUUGCCAUUGUUGCUGCUACAAUGUGCUCUAGCAAGUGUAAAUGCCUUGUUCUUCAGCUUAUUCUCUGGGUCAGUUGAUGUAUUUAACCUUUCGAUUAUGUGCUAUGUCCUCAGGAGUCAACUUACUGCAAGGACACAAAGGACUGUUUUUACUGAAUCUGCAUCUCAUUCCAAUCGGAUUCCCUUUUUCUUCCA